GCCCGGAGGAGCGGAGAGCGGAAGAGCCCCGGAGAGCGCGAGCUGGGCGAGCGGCGGCACCGGGCGCGGGAGGGCCGGGGCGAGGGCGGGACCGCGCGGGCCGGAGGGGCCGGGAGGGAGGGGGCCGCGGGCCGGGGAAGUGAGUUGGUGCGCGCGGGGGUGCGCGCGUGCGAGUGUGUGUGCGCGUGUGCACGCGCGUGUGCAGGGCCGGGGGCGGGCUCCGGCCCCGCCGCCUCCUCCCGCCCGCGCCCCGCGCUCCGCCGCCAACUCGGGGCCCCGGCGCGGCGGGCGGCGGGCAGCAUGCUCAGCCUCCUCGUCUGGAUCCUCACUCUCUCCGACACUUUCUCCCAAGGGACCCAGACCCGCUUCAGCCAGGAGCCGGCCGACCAGACCGUGGUGGCAGGACAGCGGGCCGUGCUCCCCUGCGUGCUGCUCAACUACUCGGGCAUCGUGCAAUGGACCAAGGACGGGCUGGCGCUGGGCAUGGGACAGGGCCUCAAAGCCUGGCCACGGUACCGGGUCAUGGGCUCUGCAGACGCUGGGCAGUACAACCUGGAGAUCACGGACGCCGAGCUGUCUGACGACGCCUCCUACGAGUGCCAGGCCACGGAGGCCGCCCUGCGCUCGCGACGGGCCAAGCUCACCGUGCUCAUCCCCCCAGAGGACACCAGGAUCGACGGCGGCCCCGUGAUCCUGCUGCAAGCGGGCACGCCACACAACCUCACGUGCCGAGCCUUCAACGCCAAGCCCGCCGCCACCAUCAUCUGGUUCCGGGACGGGACUCAGCAGGAGGGCGCGGUGGCCAGCACGGAGCUGCUGAAGGAUGGGAAGAGGGAGACCACCAUCAGCCAGCUGCUCAUUAACCCCACAGACCUGGACAUCGGGCGUGUGUUCACCUGCCGCAGCGUGAACGAGGCCGUCCCGAGCGGCAAGGAGACUUCCAUCGAACUGGAUGUGCACCACCCUCCCACGGUGACCCUGUCCAUUGAGCCACAGACGGUACAGGAGGGUGAGCGUGUCGUCUUCACGUGCCAGGCCACAGCCAACCCCGAGAUCCUGGGCUACAGGUGGGCCAAGGGGGGCUUCUUGAUUGAAGAUGCGCACGAGAGUCGCUAUCAGACGAACGUCGACUACUCCUUCUUCACGGAGCCUGUGUCCUGUGAGGUUCACAAUAAAGUGGGAAGCACCAACGUCAGCACCUUAGUAAACGUCCACUUUGCCCCCCGGAUCGUGGUUGACCCCAAGCCCACGACCACAGAUAUUGGCUCUGAUGUGACCCUCACCUGUGUCUGGGUGGGGAAUCCGCCCCUCACCCUCACCUGGACCAAAAAGGAUUCAAACAUGGGGCCCAGGCCCCACGGCUCCCCACCCGAGGCUGCUCUCUCUGCCCAGGUCCUGAGUAACAGCAACCAGCUGCUGUUGAAGUCAGUGACCCAGGCCGAUGCCGGCACCUACACCUGCCGGGCCAUCGUGCCUCGGAUCGGAGUGGCCGAGAGGGAGGUGCCCCUCUACGUGAACGGGCCCCCCAUUAUCUCCAGCGAGGCGGUGCAGUAUGCCGUCAGGGGUGACGGUGGCAAAGUGGAGUGUUUCAUCGGGAGUACGCCACCCCCCGACCGCAUUGCCUGGGCAUGGAAGGAGAACUUCCUGGAGGUGGGGACGCUGGAGCGCUACACGGUGGAGAGGACCAACUCGGGCAGCGGAGUGCUGUCCACACUCACCAUCAACAACGUCAUGGAGGCCGACUUUCAGACACACUACAACUGCACGGCCUGGAACAGCUUCGGGCCGGGCACGGCCAUCAUCCAGCUGGAGGAGCGAGAGGUGCUGCCCGUGGGCAUCAUCGCCGGGGCCACCAUCGGAGCGGGCAUCCUGCUGACCUUCUCCUUCAUCGCCUUGGCGUUCUUCCUCUAUCGCCGCCGCAAAGGCAGUCGCAAGGACGUGACCCUGAGGAAGCUGGACAUCAAGGUGGAGACGGUGAACCGCGAGCCACUCACGAUGCAUUCCGACCGGGAGGACGAUACUGCCAGCGUGUCCACUGCAACUCGGGUCAUGAAGGCCAUCUAUUCGUCCUUCAAGGACGACGUGGACCUGAAGCAGGACCUGCGCUGCGACACCAUGGACACGCGGGAGGAGUACGAGAUGAAGGACCCCACCAACGGCUACUACAACGUGCGCGCCCACGAGGACCGGCCGGCGUCGCGGGCCGUGCUCUACGCCGACUACCGCGCCCCCGGGCCCGCGCGCUUCGACGGGCGCCCGGCCUCGCGCCUCUCGCACUCGAGCGGCUACGCGCAGCUCAGCUCCUACGGCCGCGCCCCCGCGUCCGACUUCGGCCCCGAGCCCGCGGCCCCCGGGCCCGCCGCCCCCGCCGGCGCCGACUCGGCCGGCCCGCUGUCCUUCGAGAACUACGACAAGUUCAACCCCCACCCCUUCCCCGCGGCGGCCGGCUACCCCACCUACCGACUGGGCUACCCGCAGGCGCCGCCGUCGGGCCUGGAGCGGACCGCGUACGAGCCUUACGACCCCAUCGGCAAGUACGCCACGGCCACGCGCUUCUCCUACACGUCCCAGCACGCGGACUACGGCCAGCGGUUCCAGCAGCGCAUGCAGACUCACGUGUAGGCCCGGAGCGCCACCGAGCGGGGGCGCCUCUGCGGGGCAGAGGACCAGGCUCCCCCGGCCGUUCCCUGAUAUUCAGGGGCGCUGCGCGUCGCCGCGGGGGCUGCGGGGCCCGGACCGGCCUGCCGCCGCCCGGGCAGGUGGGGAGCAGGCCUCCCGGAAACGCCCCCUCCCGAGGAUGGUGCUCUGUGCAAGCCCCAGCCUCCUGGGCCUGCCCUUCCCUCUUCUUCGGGAGGACGUGUGUCUUCUGACCUGUGCUCUCGCCUGACCCCGGCACGGGGUGGGCCAGGGAAGCGAAGGUUGUGGAGAGCCGAGGGGGGCACUUUUUAGCAUUCCCAUUCUGUCCCCACCCCACCCCCCCUCUCUCGCCCCUCCCCGAGUGGACAGGGCCGUGUGAGGAUGAGCAGGCCUGGGCCGAGGGGACACGCGGCGUGGGGUGGGGUGGCUCUGGCGCAGACAGGUGGGAACGGGACAGCCUGGCCGGCCCCUCUGCUCUCUGCACUCGUACCCUGGCAGCGUCCCUCCUUCCGGGGGACUGCAGAAGGCUUUGGUGGGUUUCUUGCGGCUGUGCACACCACAGCCCUGGCGCCGAGUUCAGACCCAGCCCUCAUUCGGCUGAGCCGAACGCAAGUGCCAGCCUUCCGGCUGCUCCCCGUGGACACCUGUGUGUCAGCCUUCGCAGGACUCACGUUUCUCCAGCAGCGCCCUCCUCCUUGCCCCUCCGUGCAGGGCCAGCCAGAGAGGUCAGGGUCGUGGUGGAGACAAGAAAGGUGGGGACCCGUGUCCUGUUUGACCAGCAAGAAGGCUGUGUGCUACAGAGCAGUUUCCAGAGUCCCCUCCAGAGGGGCCCCUUCCCUCCCCAGCGGGCCCUGCGUCCUGGCUUGAACUCUUGAGCCUGGUGCCAUGAGGGUGGGAUGCUAUAGGCUGUUUUUCAAAGACAACAACAACAACGACGACAGAAACAAUAAAAACCUCAUGUGGGGAGGAAAAAAUAAAAGCUGUAGGGAUUCCCCCACCCCAAGUCCCAAUGGGAAGGAAAGGGGGCACCUGCUCACCAGAUUCCUAACACCGUCCAUCACUCUCGAUUUCCAAGCACUUUGAAUCCAUUUUUAAACAUUCAGGUGGUAAGACCUGUCGCCAGCGGGCUCUGACAGGUUUAGGGAGGGGGCCUGGCUCUCAGACUCGCUGUCCUGCCCACCAGCUAGCUGGUCAGAGAGGCCACUUUCUGGGGGCACCGAACUGUUGACAGGUUUUGGCUUGUUAAGUGUCUUUUUUUUUUUUUUUCCCCCUUGGACC